AUUAUGUGGGCAUCUGAACUGCCCUUUGAGAUUAUUGCACAGAUCGCAGACUUUCUUUUAAAGAAUGACAAGUACGAAUGCUCUCUUACUUGCAAGAGGUGGAGAGCUUUGUUUCAACAAUCAAUCUUGAAAAAUAUAAAAGUCGACACUAUGAUAGAACUCGAAGAGAUAUGUAAUCUCAUAAAAAAUCCAACGAGUAACUCUCCGCCUUACGAUCUGAUAGUACAAGGCUUACGGUUUACUGGACCAUGCAAAAUCGAUUUGCAGCAAAGUGACAUUUUUCAAAUAUUACCGAACUUGAAGCAUCUUUUCCUGGAGAGCCUACAUAUUAACCAGGAAGACAUAGGACUGGCAAGUUAUUAUCGUCCGUUAAAGUUCCUAGUUAGCAUAAAGCUUCAAAUUAAGGUCGUAAAACUGCCAAUGGCGACGGAUAUUCUUGUUGAGUAUUUGGAAAAUAUACCCCAUCUACAAAAGUUAGACGUUACCGCGUAUUCCUCUGUUUCGCCACUUCGAUUUUCAUCCAAUAGUUUCAAUACCCUCCACAGAACCUUACCACAUCUCGCAUAUAUUAAGGCCUGUUUAAUUCUUACUGAUAUCCACAAAAAAUAUGUGCAAGAGAUUCCAAAAACUGUACCAGCACUCUCUGUAACGACUCUUGAUCUCAGCAUUGUAGAUUGGGACCAUCCAUGGCUGUACUACUUUACAUACAAAUAUCCUUACCUACGUACUUUAAUGUGGAGAACCUCAUGCGCAGCCACUGGAUGGAUCGUUAAAAAUUACGAAGAAAGAAACGUGGCUCUUCUCCAUUCAAUUGCAACAGUAUUUCCACAUCUAGAAACAGUCGACUUCUACACAGAAGAUUGUACAGAAUGGUCACACGCUAUUUUCUGGGACCUUCUUUGUCGAUCAAAUGUACCUAUCAAAACCAUAAAGUACGAAACCAAAUAUUCUGACUGUGAAGCUAGUUUCCUAAAGACAAUUAUUCAACGAUUUUUGCAAUCCUUUUCGAAAACCAUUGAAACGUUUUCUAUUGUCGGUAAUAUGCGGUUUAAAUUUAAGAAUAUCGCAAGACCAGAAUUCUCUUAUUGUCCACAAUUGGUGGAUCUUGAAAUCAAAUUCUCUGGCGUAUCGAUUGCUUUGGAUAACUUGUUGGAUAACUGUAUAGCCCUAAGGCAAUUUAAAUAUGUGGACGGAAGACUGUACAUUGAUUCGAAAACAUAUGGCGAGCCAAUGCAACAUGGACUACAAACUUUGGAUACAGACGGUGUUGUUGCAAAUGCCGCUGUAUUUGACUACUUGUCUUUUAGAUGUAGAAGCCUGGAAUAUAUGGAUUUAACUCAAGCCCAGAUUUGUGGAUCACUUUCUGACGAUACUAGAAGUCUACACAUCAACAUGAUUUACACCAGACUUAAAGUACUAAAUGUUUUCCGUGCAAGAUUCUAUUCGUCUGAUGAACGUAUGAAUAAGAACACCAUCAUAAACUUGGUAUUGCUCUCUCAGUUAACUGACACUGGACUGUCAAGCGAAAAGCGACAACUCAGAAACAUGGGCCCUAAUGUAAAACAUCUAGCUUGGCUCCACCUCUACUGCAAAUUAGAUUACCCAUCAGAUUAUGCACCAAAGAUCAGGAAUCUCUCAGAACAAGAAGUUGUUACCAUUACCAAUUAUUAUCAAAAAAGAUUAUUCAAAGAGAGUGUCACUGUACAAGAAGCUGAACGAUCUAUUAAUGGGCAGACUUUCGCGGAAGAUUGGAAAGCGGAUCUUUACAGAGGCUACGCCGAACUAAGGUGUGGAUUCAUAGCCGACUGCCGUGUUCCUUUAUCGUAGAUUAAGUGAGACCAUUUCAAGAGUAUAUUUUCUGAUUACUUGUAAAGUAUAUUUGAUAUCUUUGUUAUAUUUCUUUAUUUAUAUGUAUUUAUAUAUUUGAAACUUGAUUAGGUAAUGUCAGUGGUUCUACUUGAUUAAUAAAACAAUUACAUUAUAUG